AUGGCCUCUUCAGGCAUUAAAUCCCACACAUCCCCCAACAACAUCUGGCGCAUAACGACCCGCAAACUGCCCAUCCUCAAGGCAGAGCCCAUCGAAGCACUGAACAAAGAUGUCGGAAUUCCAAUACCCGAGAUGAUCUUCGGCGACAAUUUCGCGCAAAUCACACACAUUCCUACGGGCUGGACGCUAAAUUUCAACGUGCGGGAUGCCUUGGACCGCGUGAGUAAGACGGAGGAGGGCAUGCUACAAGUCGCUGUUGCGGAGGAGUGGAAGAAGGAGAGGAGUCAUCAGGAAGAGGUCAAGCAGGUGGUGAAGCCUUUUGACUGGAGUUAUACGACGGAUUACAAAGGAACUACGGUGGGGAAGGAUGGCGAGGAGAAGGAGGGUUGGAGGAAGAGCAGCGGCAAGGAGGAUCCGAUACGGCUGGAUCUGCUGAGUCGGGAAGAUCCUAUUCUGUUCUUCGAUAAUGUCGAUUUGAUGGAAGACGAGCUUGCCGACAAUGGCAUUGCACUACUCUCUCUAAAGAUGCGGAUGAUGCCGGACAGACUGUUGCUCCUACAACGCUACUUUCUGCGCCUCGAUGGUGUGAUCGUCCGGAUUCGAGACACGCGGGUGUAUAUUGAACAUGACUCCAAUAAGGUCAUAAGACAGUACACGGCCAAGGAAGAGAAGUAUGAGGUUCUGGCUGAGGAGCUGAAGAGGAGAAGAGAGAAUGUGGCCGAGUCGUUCCGGGAUGUCAACGUGCUUAGUGCCUUGUGCAAGACCGUGGAGGAGACGACCGACGUGUUCCAGAUCUCAUAA